UAAAUUUUUCUUACUAUUUGCGGCAUACCUAAUCGCACACAUUGCACGUAACAUCCUUGAAUGUGGAUAUUAAUUUUAGCACGUAAUUACACUGAUAGCACGGCGAGUCGGUCACAGAAAGUUAUUCAAAGCGGAGUGUGCCAAAUAAUAGGGGUUUACAGUAUAGUUGUGGGUGCGUGUGACCCAGACUGGCAGGAAAAGUAUUUGGAAACCUCGUUCUCCAGGUAUCGUGGGAAUUGGGUGUGGAUUUGUUGCCCUCGCUGUCCCAUUGGACAUUAAAACCGUUGCUCCCUUGGCUUUCCUCCAUUUGAGAUGCUGCCUCGUUCGGAACUGCUAAGUAAAAAUGGCUUUAAAAGGAGACGAUGACUACGACUACAACGAACGCCUCUCAUUCUUGGGCGAUUAUUUCGACUACGAGGCAGCUUUACACAAGAACUUUUUGAUAAAUUUUUAUCCCUGCGACAACACGGUCGAAAUCUUCGACAGAGAUAUGAACAGAAUAUAUCUUCGAAGGGCCGCCUGCGAAGGGGUGCAGCUAAAUGACAUGUUUGUCGGCAACAAGAUACGCAUCUACGGCCGGCAAAUAGAUCUAACGGACUACGCGGACUGCAAAACGCGCAACCGAAUCGGGAAAGUAAAGGAACACACGUUUGCCUUAAUUAAACCGGGGGUGAUUGAUAGACUGGGUGAAAUUAUUACCCAAAUAGAAGACAGGCAAUUUCAAAUUUGCCACAUGCUCAUGUGUAACUUAACCAGAAAGGACGCGCUUGAUUUUUACGAAUUCCGGAAAGGGGAUACGUUUCUUCCGUUCAUGUUGGAGCACAUCGUAUCUGGACCUGUUGUUGCCUUAGAGCUGGUGGGAAUCGACUGCGUGGAGCGUUGGCGUAAAGAAAUAGGCCCACGAGAUCCCGCAGCAGCCAGAACGAGCGCCCCUGAAAGCCUAAGGGCGUUAUACGGCAGUGAACUGGCCUCGAAUGGAUUUCACGGAGCUGACGAUCACGAAAAGGCCGUACGAAGUGCGUGCGUCUUCUUCCCGAAGGGCAUCGACGCGAAACCACCAGCAACAACGGCACAAAUAACCGACAGUACAUUAUGCAUAAUAAAACCGCACGCAAUCAAGGAGAAGAAACUCGGCCCGAUUCUAACCGCCAUCACUAACAACCCCAAAUUUCGGAUAACCGCCAUGCAGAUGAUCUACAUCAGCACACCAAACGCCGACGAAUUUUUGGAAGUCUACAAGGGCGUCGUGAGCGACUUUCACGCGUUCAUGUUGAGUUACCUGGACGGACCUCUGGUCGCUUUGGAAAUUUCGGCAAAGAUUGAAGGUAUAAACACUCACGAGGAGUUCAGGAAGUUCGCCGGCCCUUCAGACUCCGAUAUCGCCCGCCAAAUUAGACCGAAUACUCUACGGGGGAUGUUCGGCGUAAGUAAGUAUAAAAAUGCCGUCCACUGCACUGACCUGCCAGAAGAUACCCAAUUGGAAUUGGAGUACAUUUUUAAAAUUUUACGCGAUUGAACUAUUUUUAUAACAUUUUUUAUGUAAUGUAGAAUUAAUAUUAAACAAUUAAUUUUU